GUCGGGAUAACAAUUGAUAAAUGAUAAGAGGUUUGCCGUUAAUUGAUUUUGCCCUUGUGAUACGAGUCUUAGUCUUAUGUUUUUUUAAAUUUUUAUGAAUUAUUAUUAUAAUAAUGUUUGAGGUAUAAAAUGUAAAAAUCGAGGAAUAUUUCUUUGUCAUUUGAUUUAUCACAGAAAUAAUACGCAAAUUCCUAAUCACCUAUAGUAAACAACGCUACGUGAGUUUUUCCUGUUAACCAUAACAGAUAAUUGUAAUAAAUCACGCCACGCGCGUGAACCAAACAAUUUGUGUUGAAAUUCUUUGGUGUGCCCUAUCCAAAGUACAUAUUAGCCAUAACUGGCUCGGAAGCAACAACAACUAGACACGCCGAAGCCUAGUCAAUUGACUCCCCGCAGAGGAUCAACACCUCCAGUCAUCGAAAAGAAAUAAUGAGUGACCAAGAACAAGCCAGCAAGUGGCAGAAGGUGGCAGACCUCAUCGGUCAGCUUGGGUUACUGUCCAAAGAACCAAGACAACUACUAACCGACUGUGUUGACCGGAUGACGACACAUCAGCUGUUACAGGACCCUGUACAUGCUGCAAUCUACUACCGGGGCUGGGAUGACCGCACCACCGACAUCCAGCAGAUGUUGAGGACCCAGCCAUCAACCAGACCACUACAGCCGCACCCGCCAAAGCCAGUCAACCAACCAAUCCAAACUGUGACGUCCGUAACGCCCAGGGAGCCGACAACGGUAUUCGGACUGUCAGGGACAGCCCCACCACCGAUGGUGAGGAAGAAGAUGAAGGCACAGCUAGCGCGUCAAAAACGCAGGUUCCAGCAAAUAAAAAAGAAGAUAAAUGCUAGGAUGCUUAUCACCAGCCAGCAAUCGUAGCUAGCAAAGCUCCCUAAACCGACUUAGGAUUCAUAUAUUUGUACAAAAUGUCAAGAAUCUGAAUAAAUUUUAGCAUCAUGAUAAAUAUUAUACUCUAUAAUUGGUAAAUUAGUAUACAUUUUAUUAGAUUUAUCUUCAUUUAAUUCUGGUGUAAUUGUUUCAUUUAAUCUCUGUUGAUAAUAUUAAAAAUUUAGCUAAGCAUCAAAACACUAAAAAAAAAUAAAUUAUUUUGUAAUAUGGUAAUACCUACUUACCAUGUGAGAAUAAGUUUUAUUUUUCUUGUAAUCGGAUUGAAAAAUUUAUAACCACUGUAUUUUAUCUUUUACUGGUUGCCGUGUACUUAACCUUAGCUAUUUUGACAUAACCACAAUACUGAGCAUCAUUAUUUGACAGAUGUAAAAGCUUAGCGAAUUCUUUUAAUUUUUGAUAUGUAUUAGUCAUGCUUAAAAUUUACCAAGUAAAAUACUAUUAUUUAAAAAAGUAUUUUUUCCAACUUUAAAUUCUACUGAGACAAUAAAAUGUAUUUUAGUGUAGGUGUAACUAUAAUCGCAUAUGUUUU